AUGAGAAAUCACACCAUGGUGACUGAAUUCAUCCUGCUGGGCAUCCCUGAGACAGAGGGCCUCGAGACUGUGCUCUUCUUCUUGUUUCUCUUAGUAUAUUUAUGUAUACUCUUGGGAAAUGUGCUCAUUCUUACAGCUAUCAUCUCCUCCUCCCAGCUUCACACCCCCAUGUAUUUUUUCUUGGGAAACCUCUCCAUGUUUGACCUGGGGUUCUCUUCAACAACUGCUCCCAAGAUGCUAUUAUACCUCUCCAGGCAGAGUCAAGGAAUCUCUUACCAGGGCUGUGCUACCCAGCUCUUCUUCUACCACUUCCUGGGCUGCACGGAGUGUUUUCUGUACACUGUAAUGGCCUACGACCGCUUUGUUGCCAUAUGUCACCCUCUGCGGUACAUGGUCAUCAUGAACCACAGAGUCUGUGCCAUCUUGGCCACAGGGACAUGGGUGGGGGGCUGUGUCCAUGCCAUUAUCCUCACCUCCCUCACCUUCCAGUUACCCUACUGUGGCUCAAACGAGGUGGGCUACUACUUUUGUGACAUUCCUGCUGUCUUAUCUCUAGCCUGCGCAGACACGUCUCUAGCCCAGAGGGUAGGUUUCACAAAUGUUGGUCUUUUAUCUCUCAUUUGUUUUUUUCUGAUCCUUGUUUCUUACACUCGCAUUGGCAUCUCCAUAUCAAAAAUUCGCUCUGCAGAGGGCAGGCAGCGAGCGUUCUCCACCUGCAGUGCUCACAUCACUGCCAUUCUUUGUGCUUAUGGGCCAGUGAUCAUUAUCUAUCUACAGCCCAAUCCCAGUGCCUUGUUGGGAGCUAUAAUUCAGAUAUUGAAUAAUCUCGUAACCCCCAUGUUGAACCCACUGAUAUACAGCCUGAGGAAUAAGGAUGUAAAAUCAGCUCUGAGGAAUGUCCUCCACAAGAGGGACUUUGCUCUGGAAAAUAAAUGA